CAAGAUGAAGGUGAAUGGAAUAUAACGGCAUCAAAUGGGAAGACAACUGAAACAAAGAGUAUCAGAAUACAAGUUUUAGAAAGGCUGAAGCUACAGAUUACACCACAGUACGAUUUUUCGAUUCAAAGGGGAGAAGGCAUUGUUCUCGAGUGUGUCGUCAUCAAUCCUGGAUCCCUGCAAAAUUUGAUUGGUGGAAGUUUAAUCUGGCAGAGAGAUGGGCAGAAAAUCUUAUCAGGAUUUCAUAUCAAUAUAACGAAUACAAGUACACAGUUGAGGAAGUCGUCAUCAGAGAUAGAUGAUUCUGGAAGUUAUUCGUGCUCACACUCUGCUUAUCCUGACCCAAUUAAUGUUUCCAUUAAUGUUAAUGUCACUGAACCAGAGCCAAUAGAAAUACUGACCCUGAAAAUUAACAAACCAUUUUUGAUUGAGGGAGAAGCAGCUUCGUUCGAAUCUGAGAUAGUGAACAAAUCUGGUUUAAUCGUACAAUGGUUUCACGAUGGAAAUCCCAUAACUGAUGCUUUAUCCAGAUUUAGUGUGACAUUCUCAACAAAAUCCAAUAAUACAUUGCAUUAUGUUCUAAACAUAUCAAGUGUGAUCUUGCAGGAUGAAGGUGACUGGUAUAUAAGAGCAACAAAUGGGCUGACAACAGCAAGCAAAGGUAUUAAAUUGCAAGUUUUCCCACGAAUUUCGCUUCGUUUAACACCAGACGUUGAUUUGUCGAUUCAGACUGGAGAAGUUAUCCAACUUCAAUGUGAAGCUUUAUACACGGAAACACCAGCUUACUCUACUGGCCUAAGACUGAACUGGAAGAGAGAUGGGAAAGAUAUUUCGUCAGAUUCUAGCUUUAGUGUAAUUGAGACAGGCACGAAUACAACUUUAUAUAAGUCAUCAGCCGAACUGAGUGACUCUGGACGAUACUCCUGCUCACAUUCACUUUAUUCCAACUCUGAGGAUGUUUCUGUGUAUAUAAAUGUAACAUUAUCAGAUAAAGAUAAACCAUGUCCUUGCCAGCAUGGAGGGACUUGUAUAAAUUCUACAUGCGUUUGUCCAGUUGGAUACCAGGGCAGAUAUUGUGAGGAUGAACAUCUGGAAAUCCUAUUUUAUAAGAGUGGAAACUCAGUAAUACGCGAGGGAAAGUCAGUAUGGUUCCAAGCAGAAAUUAUUGGUCCUGUUGGUUUCAUUGUACAGUGGUCUCGCAAUGGAGAUUCAAUAAGCAGUACAGCAUCCAGAUAUGUAAUGACGUCGUCCAAAACAGCAAAUGGCACAACGCUGCAUGUCCUAACUAUCAGAGAUGUUUUACAACGGGAUGAAGGAUACUGGACAGUGGAAGCAUUAACAGGUUUGACCAAUGAAGUCAGGAAUAUAACACUAAAAGUACUUCCAAGACUUUUGCUGCAGAUGGCACCACAAUAUGAUUUCUCAAUUAAAAGUGGAGAGAGUAUACAUCUUCGAUGUGACGUUAUCAAUCCUAAAUCCUUGACAGGUUUAUCUGACGGAAGUUUAGUCUGGAAGAAAGAUGGCGUUUAUAUUUUAUUGGAUUCUGGAUUCAACAUUAGUACAACAAACGUAUCGUCUACAUUAAAGAAAGAAUUGGCGGAUCUUGGUGACGCAGGACGCUUUUCGUGUUCCCACUCUACCUAUCCAGAUCCAGUAUCUGUUUCUAUAGCUAUUUCUGUUACAAAACCAGAACAAAUCAGAUGUGAUGACGAUGAGUUUGACAAUAUAAAAUGGAAAUCCACGAUUGCUGGAACAACUAAAAAGGAGUCAUGUCCGGAAAACCAAAAAGGAACUGCGACCAGAUAUUGUAAUUUCCAGGGUUUUUGGGAAUCUCCCGAUCUCAUUAACUGUACUGAUGUCGCUUUGGUAAACGCCAAUGAAGAGUUGGAUAGUAUAAUUGCUGAUGGCACAACUAAGAAUGUAGACGAGGCUGUAAACAACACAUUAGUGAAGAUGAAGAAUCUGACGUCACAAAGAAGUGAACUGAGUGCCGGGGAUAUUAGCUCCUCUCUUGACAUCCUAGAGAAGAUUGUCAACGUCACAAAUAUGACAAGUGCCAACGUGCAGAAAGAGGCCUUCUUUGCGGUUGUCGACAAUGUUUUGUCAACAAACAAUUCCAAAUCUUGGACUGCUGUGAGCGACAAGACUGAAAAGGAUGCUAGUUCCCUUUUAAAGAAUAUGGAUCGAAUGAGUGAAGUUGUUUUGAAGAGAGAAAACAUAACAACAUCAAAAUUCAAAGGGAAAAAUUUUGAGGUGUCUGUUGAUAAAACAAAGGUAGAUGAAAAAGGAAUUGUUUUUCCUGAAAAAACCGAGAAAACACCAAAUGAUACUUCAACUGAUACGGAAGAAUAUUCUACGUUUCUUGAAUUGCGUGAAAAACGUAAGUCAAUAAAGUUCUCAAUUACUUACGUGGCUGUCAUAUACAAGACGAUAUCAGACAUUUUACCCACAGAUUCAGGUUCACAAACAGAAGAAAAUUCAUACGAAGUGACGGAAGGAAAAAAGAAGAAAAAGAAAGAAUUCGUUAAUUCUGAAAUCCUGUCGCUUACUACUCAGACAGAUCUGGGCAUUCUGUCCCCUCCUCUUAAUCUGGCCUUCCAGCAUAAACUCGAGUUAAGAUUUUUCUGGAUCGCCCUAUUUCAUCAUAUGGCUAUACCUAUGUUAGUUUCAAGUGUGAACUUAUAUAAAGAAAAUAAAGCUUCUGCUAACGAAAGUGCUGACCUUCAAGCAGUUUGUGUGUCAUGGGACUUCAUCACAAAUAAAUGGUCCGAAGAAGGAUGCAAAGUAAAUUCUACAAAUAACAAGAGGACAGUUUGCCAGUGUAACCAUCUGACUAAUUUUGCCAUCCUGAUGAGACCUUACACGCCUGAGACAGAAGACGGAGCGUCGCUGAAGACGUUAUCUCUCGUUGGUGUUAUUAUCUCCAUUGCUUUCACAGUUUUAACGUUUAUGCUGUUUGUUCUGACUUGGAAACAAGUAAAGAGUGAUCAAAAUAUUAUGAUGCUUAAUCUUUGUGGAUCGCUUGUCGUAUCCUACAUUGUCUUCAUCGCAGCUGUAGAGAAGACGGAAAAUGAGGGUGUUUGUAUUUUCAUUACGGCUCUUAUCCAUUAUCUGUUCUUGGUGACCUUCUUCUGUAUGCUGAGUAUGGGUAUCUACUACUGUAUGAGUAUUACAGUGACAUUCUACGCCAUGUAUGUAGCCAACAAUUUCAAGUCCAAAUCAAGAGUGCAAUGGUUCCUUUUGGGAUCAUGGGGUAUUCCAUUAGUCAUUGCAGCAAUUACUUUAGGAGCAUUCUGGGGGAAUGGCUACCAUCUCAAACACUACUGCUGGCUCUCAAUGGAAAGUGGUUCCCUUUUUCUCUUCAUUGUUCCAGUUUGUGUUAUUGCCGUGAUGAAUAUUAUGAUAAUGGUGUCCCUGAAGAUAAGACUGUUGUGUGCUUCCAGUGCCAUGAUAAAGUCUUCAAAUGACAGAAAAAGUGACCUUGGUUUAAGAAAAUUAUCUUAUAUAUCAAUGCUUUGUUCUACCGAUAGGUCUAGCUUGCGGUCUCUUGGUACCCUUUUACCCGUACUAGGUGUUACCUGGAUAUUUGGAGUCUUAGCUGUAAACGAAAGUGCUGAAAUAUUUCAGUAUAUUUUCAUCAUAGCCAACUCCUUACAGGGAUUUUGUAUAUUCAUUUCCCACGUGCUAAUGAACAAAAAGCUGAUGAUGGGUAUAAAGACAAAGUACCCAUCUCUGAGUGGA